AUGUCGGACAAAGCUUCUUCUUCUUCUUUUCAUCCUGCUUUUACAAUCUCAAAUAUUAAGAGUAGCAUUCCCAUUGUUCUUGAGAUGGAGAAUGUUCAAUACUCAACUUGGGUGGAACUCUUUAAGGUUCACGCGCGUUCUCACAAAGUUCUCGAUCAUAUAAUCACUCCACCUAAGGGUGUUGGAACAACAACAGUUCGGUUCAUAACAAAGGGUAAGGAGAAGCCACCUCCCGCAACUUAUGAGGAGAAGGAACUAUGGUCGACUUUGGAUGCCACGGUCAUAUCAUGGAUAUACUCCACCAUUUCUAGGGAUCUUUUGAACACCAGCAUUGAACCCGAUUCGACGGCUAUGGACACUUGGAAUAGAUUGCGUGACAUAUUUCAAGACAACAAACAUUCCCGCGCCGUUGCUCUUGAACAGGAAUUUUCUACCACAUCAAUGGAGAAUUUUCCUAAUGUGUCGUCCUACUGUCAACGCCUCAAGUCAAUUGCUGAUCAAUUGAAAAACGUUGGGGCCCCUGUUUCUCACAGUCGAAUGGUGCUACAGAUGGUUGAUGGCCUUUCAAAGGCAUAUCGUGCUGUCGGCACUCUUAUCCGACAGAGUAAUCCGCUUCCCCCUUUUUAUAAGGCUCGGUCCAUGCUGACAUAA